AUGAAUCGAUAUUAUUCCUGGUUUUUGGGGAAGAAAAUAAAAGAUGCCGUUAUCACUGUUCCAGCUUAUUUCAAUGAUGCGCAGAGGCAGGCCACUAAGGAUGCAGGCAUUAUUGCCGGGCUGAAUGUGGCUCGGAUAAUCAAUGAGCCUACGGCCGCGGCUAUUGCCUAUGGUCUGGACAAGAAAGGAGAAGAGAAGAACAUUUUGGUUUUUGAUCUUGGUGGUGGAACAUUUGAUGUUAGCAUCUUGACCAUUGAUAAUGGUGUGUUCGAAGUUCUUGCCACUAGUGGAGACACCCACUUGGGUGGGGAGGACUUUGACCACAGAGUGAUGGAUUACUUCAUCAAGUUGAUCAAAAAGAAGUACAACAAAGAUAUCAGCAAGGACAAAAAAGCUCUUGGGAAGCUUCGUAGGGAAUGUGAGAGAGCAAAGAGAGCCUUGAGUAGCCAGCACCAAGUACGCGUCGAGAUCGAGUCUCUUUUCAAUGGUAUUGAUUUCUCAGAGCCACUGACACGAGCAAGGUUUGAGGAGUUGAACAUGGACUUGUUUAAGAAGACAAUGGGGCCAGUGAAGAAGGCUCUGGAAGAUGCAGGCCUGAAGAAAACAGAUGUUCACGAGAUUGUACUUGUUGGAGGAAGUACUCGUAUUCCCAAGGUGCAACAGCUGUUGAAAGACUUCUUUGAUGGCAAAGAGCCAAACAAGGGUGUUAAUCCUGAUGAAGCUGUUGCCUAUGGGGCUGCAGUUCAAGGUGGAAUUCUCAGUGGCGAAGGCGGGGAUGAAACCAAAGACAUCCUUUUGCUUGAUGUUGCUCCUUUGAGUCUGGGAAUCGAAACCGUUGGUGGUGUGAUGACGAAAUUGAUACCUAGAAACACGGUUAUCCCAACUAAGAAGUCUCAGAUCUUCAGCACUUACCAAGACCAGCAAACCACAGUGUCCAUCAAGGUCUUUGAAGGUGAAAGAAGCUUGACAAAGGAUUGUCGUGAACUUGGAAGGUUUGAUCUUUCGGGCAUUCCACCUGCUCCAAGGGGAGUGCCCCAGAUUGAGGUAACCUUUGAGGUUGAUGCCAAUGGUAUCUUACAUGUGAAAGCAGAGGACAAAGCGGUGAAGAAGUCGGAAUCCAUCACCAUCACUAACAAUAAGGGGCGGCUGAGCCAGGAAGAAAUCGAAAAGAUGGUGAAGGAGGCUGAGGAGUAUGCGGAAGAGGAUAGGAAGGAGAAGGAGAGAAUAGAUGCCAGGAACAAUUUGGAGACUUACAUAUACAACAUGAGGAGCAGCAUUGGUGACAAGUUUGCGGAUAAGAUUGAUUCGGACGACAAGGAGAAGAUUGAGAGUACACUGAAAGAAGCUCUGGAAUGGUUGGAUGAUAACCAAAACGCAGAGAAGGAAGAGUUUGGGGAGAAGUUGAAGGAGGUGGAAGCAGUGUGUAAUCCCAUCAUAAAGCAAGUUUAUGAAAAGAGUGGUGGAAGUUCAGCUGAAUCUGAAGAUGAAGAUCAACCAAAUGAUGAGUUGUAGAAUGGGAGGAUGAUAAUUGAGGCUUCUUCCCAAUUGUUUUGUUUUUUCAGUUUCCUUUCUACUAUCUACUUUCAAAGCACAAUUUUACUACUUGGGCAAAACGCUCAUCACCAUGUUGCACCUCGUUCUCAUGAAUAGGAGAAAUAUAGUUAUUAAGCUUGUGGGAAAUUGUUUAUUUUAUUUUAAGGUUCAUGAAUUUAAAUUCUUAUCUGGUGCAAAUUGUGAAUAAUACUGCUACGAGUCCUUAUGAUA